AUGCCUCGCCCAAGAGUACAUCCCGAUAAACGAGCCCGCGCGGCGAGAGCUUGCGUUCCUUGCAAAAAUUCAAAGAAGCGGUGCGAUGCAAACCUCCCUUGUUUGUCAUGUGUAACAAAAGGCCGUACCGAUUCAUGCCGAUAUCCGCCAUCUUCUCCCCUAUCCUCUCCCAGUCCCCGACGGCAAAGAGUAUCGGGACAUUCACUAGAUCACGUUACCAGAAGUGUGAAUUCCCCAACUUUGACUCAAGUUCGGUCCGGGCAACCCCCUCCCGAAGAGAGGAAUGUCCAGUCUUCACGGCAAACUAUUGAUGCUGCUUCCUCCCAGCGUCUUGAGCCAUCGGUGGACCCACUUCUCUCGGGCGAGAACACCAAUAGUCGAAGCACGCGGGCUAGCACUCGUGAAUCAUCACCAUGUCAGCGUUCUACAAUGCUACAGAGCUCCCAAGGCGAACAAGUUUAUAUUGGUAAUAUUGCUGCUAUCUCGUUUCUACACUUUCUUCAAACUACACUUAAGCGAUAUAUUGGAACUUCCGUUUUCACUGAACGCCGGGAGAGCAAUGUGAUGUUAGAAGUCGAGAUUUCUAGAAAUAAUAGCCCCUUUGAAGAUGAUUUAGAUCUCGAAGAAAAGCAAAAUCUAAUUGCUUGCUUUAUGAGAGUGUCGAAUGGUAUUCUUCAUCUCUUUUCACGAGAUGAUAUAUCUAAAUUGCUGGCCAUCAAAACCGAUGCUGCCAAUUCUUCUCCGAGCUCCCGCUCACAACGAGAAGAUCUCGCUUGUCUUUUUCUGAUGAUAGCAAUAGGGGCUCAAUCUCGAGGCAAGGAUGUGUCCGAGAUUCAACUUGCGAAAAAGUAUUUUGCUCAAGCCCAGCAAAUGGCCUUUCUUGAUAUGCUGGAGAAUCCUUCGUUAUCUAUGGUCAAGUUGUUUUUAUUGAUGGCAAUGUAUAUGCUCGGGGCAUGCCGCAGAAACACAGCUUUUAUGUACAUCGGCAUUGCCUCCAAAUCUGCAACUAUUCUUGGGUUGCACGUUCCAUAUCAACAUCCUCGUGUAUCCCCCGAAGAGCGUGCUGCUAGGCGCCGCAUAUGGAUGAGCUCUCGUGUUCUUGAUUUGCUAUGCAGCUCCAUUCUUGCACGUCCUAGUAGUAUACCGUCAAUAGAGAGAGAUGAAUACGAGAUAGAUAGCUCAAACCCUGAAGAUAUGGACCAUCGAACAUUGGCUCUUUAUGCUACCUACGAAUCUUCAUCUAUCAUCGAAACCAUCGUACAUAAGUUUGCCAAAUCUAGUCGCGUCGAUGUGCAAUCCGCCGAUACUUAUCUUCAGAUGCUGCGAGAAUGGAGUCAGGCCCUACCUUCAGCACUUCGCAGCGUUCCCGAUCCCGCAUUUGAAGGUGACUAUUGCGAGACUACGAUUGGCAAUAUCCAUGUUUCAUGCACUUAUUAUGUAGGAAUCAUGAUGGUAACACGACAAUUCCUCAUCUCACAUGUCAUGUUUCAACUACGGAGGAAUAGUUCUAGCAAGUCCAAGAGAACCAACGAGGUACCGCCAAUAAGUCCUAGUGAAAGGGAGAAGAUUGUUCAAUUCUCGGAUGCUUGUGUACAAUCUGCACAUCUGAUGGUAGAGCUAUCGUACGAAGCAUUCCUCGGUAAUGUCCUGCUUGACAAUAUGUGUAUCCUUAAAGCUUGGCUUUUUUCCGCUGGACUUGUCCUCGGUUUCUCCCUCCUCGUAGAAGGCGAAGCCCCGACUCAUAUUCAUAGAUCCUUCGAUCACGCUUGUGCUGUGCUUAAGAAGCUUGCCCGGUUAAGUCCCCAAGCCGAACAAUACCAUGAUAUCCUUCUUCGGUUUGACACAGCGAUCAAUCUGUAUCGGCAACAACUGCUAAAAGCCCAAAAUGACAGUAACAAUGUAUACGUUGAGAAGUUAAUGACUAUCGGGCCAUUCAACCGAGAGUCUCGCGAAGGCGAAGCUAGUACUGAUUUCCAGUCACCAUCGCAGCCAGUGCUUACGAAUGAUCAGACAAUUCCAGGGGGAAUGGGAGCGCAGGGUGACUUGGCAGAGACGUAUGCUACUGAUUUCUUUGGGAUUGAAAACGAAAUUCAGAUGUGCGAUGCUCAGAUUGGCUAUGAUACAGGAGUUGCGGCUGAUUUGAGGUGGCUAUGCUAUGUAUAG